GAAGAGAGAUGUCCACACCUGUAAUGAUCCUGACACCUAGUGAACGGUAUGCUUUAGAUAGGUGAAUUGUUGGGCAUGUGAAUUAUAUCUCACAUGUUAAAAAGUCAUGUGACUAAUUACCAAGAGAUUCUAGACCCAAAUGUUGUUCCGAGCUCCUGUGGCCGACGCAUUGGCAGUUUACGGGCAAGCUUCCGUCUUCAGCUGUAAAAUACAGAACUGGGGCGGCGGAGGCUUCAGGGGUGAGGACUGGCCCUCCCGGGUCCCCGUGCGCCCCUCCUCCGGCCUGAGUCACGGCGCCGAGUCCCCACGCGGAGAGGAUGCUGCGCUGAGCGCGGCCGACGCCGGACGCCAGGCCGCAGGCGCGCUCCCUGGGCCAGGCCGCCCGCGCCCUCCUCGCAGCGGCGCAGCCGAGCCCGCCCUCCAUGGCGUUCAUCCGGAAGAAGCAGCGGGAGCGGCAGCUGCAGCUGUACUCCAGGGAGAGGUUUUCCUUGCUCCUGCUUAACUUGGAGGAGUACUACUUUGAACAGCACUCGGCUAAUCAUAUUCAGCACAAGGGCAGUCAGAGUGAAAGGAAAAUCAGAGGCUCCUUAAAAAUAUGUUCAAAGUCAGUGAUUUUUGAACCGGAUGCAAUAUCCCAGCCCAUAAUUAAGAUUCCUUUGAGAGAUUGUAUAAAAAUAGGAAAACAUGGAGAAAAUGGAGCCAAUAGACACUUUGCAAAGACACUAUCCGGGGAGAUUUCACUCAUUUUCAGUCAGGUAUAUUUCAUUAAAGAACACAACAUUGUUGCACCAUAUAAAAUAGAAAGGGGCACAAUGGAAUAUGUCUUUGAAUUGGAUGUUUCAGGGAAAGUGGAAGAUGUUGUGGAGACAUUGCUGCAGCUUCACAGAGCAUCCUGCCUGGACAAACUAGGGGACCAAGCUGCUAUGAUAACAGCUAUUUUGCAGUCACGCUUGGCUAGGACAUCCUUUGACAAGAACAGAUUCCAAAGUGUUUCUGAAAAGCUGCACAUGGAAUGCAAAGCAGAAAUGGUGACCCCUCUGGUGACAAACCCUGGACACGUGUGCAUCACUGACACCACCCUGUAUUUUCAGCCUCUCAACGGGUACCCGAAACCCGUGGUCCAGAUAACGCUGCAGGAUGUGCGCCGCGUUUACAGGAGGAGGCAUGGCCUCAUGCCAUUGGGCUUGGAAGUGUUUUGCACAGAAGAUGACCUGUGUUCCGACAUCUACCUGAAGUUCUAUGAACCUCAGGACCGAGACGACCUCUAUUUCUUUAUUGCCACGUAUCUAGAGCACCACGUGGCGGAGCGCACGGCCGAAAGCUACAUGCUGCAGUGGCAGCGCGGGCACCUAUCCAACUACCAGUACCUGCUGCACCUCAACACCCUGGCUGACCGCAGCUGCAAUGACCUCUCACAGUACCCAGUGUUCCCCUGGGUCAUCAGCGACUACUGCAGCGCCGAGCUGGAUUUGUCAAAUCCAGGAACCUUCCGGGACCUCAGUAAGCCAGUGGGGGCCCUUAACAAGGAGCGUCUGGAGAGGCUGCUGACGCGCUACCAGGAAAUGCCGGAGCCCAAGUUCAUGUACGGCAGCCACUACUCCUCCCCGGGUUAUGUGCUCUUUUAUCUUGUCAGGAUUGCACCAGAAUAUAUGCUGUGUCUGCAGAACGGAAGAUUCGAUCACGCGGAUAGAAUGUUCAACAGUAUUGCAGAAACUUGGAGAAACUGUUUGGAUGGUGCAACUGAUUUUAAAGAGCUGAUUCCAGAAUUCUACGGUGAAGACGUCAGCUUUUUGGUGAAUAGCCUGAGGUUGGAUUUGGGGAAGAAGCAAGGAGGGCAGCUGGUUGAAGAUGUCGAGCUCCCGCCGUGGGCCCAGAGUCCCGAGGACUUCCUCCAGAAGAGCAGAGACGCGCUGGAAAGCGACCAUGUGUCCGAGCACCUUCACGAGUGGAUCGAUCUCGUGUUUGGCUACAAGCAAAAGGGGAGGGAUGCUGUUGAAGCCCAUAAUGUGUUCCAUCCCCUGACCUAUGAAGGAGGUGUGGACUUGAACAGCAUUGAGGAUCCUGAUGAGAAGGUGGCCCUGCUGACCCAGAUUUUGGAGUUUGGGCAGACACCAAAGCAGCUUUUUGUGACCCCCCAUCCUCGAAGGAUCACCCCAAAGUUUAAAAGCUUGCCCCAGACCUCCAGUUAUAAUGCCUCCACGGCAGAUUCUCCAGUCUCUCCAGGGGAAGAGUCUUUUGAGGACCUGACCGAGGAGAGCAGAACACUGGCCUGGAGUAACAUCACCAAACUGCAGCUCCACGAGCAACACAAGAUCCACAAAGAGGCGGUUACUGGGAUCGCCGUCUCUGGCAAUGGGUCGUCCGUCUUUACAACCUCACACGAUUCCACCUUGAAGAUGUUUUCCAAAGAAUCCAAGAUGCUCCAAAGAAGUGUAUCAUUUUCAAAUAUGGCUUUAUCAUCGUGUUUCCUUUUACCUGGAGAUGCCACUGUCGCAAGCUCCUCGUGGGAUAAUAACAUCUAUUUUUAUUCCAUAGCAUUUGGAAGACGCCAGGACACACUGAUGGGACAUGACGAUGCUGUGAGUAAGAUCUGUUGGCAUGACAACCGGCUGUAUUCUGCAUCCUGGGACUCCACCGUGAAGGUGUGGUCUGCGCUUCCCGCGGGGACGACGGGCGCACAGAGGCUCCGGUUUGAGCUGCUGGCGGAGCUGGAGCACGACGUGGGCGUCGACACAAUGAGUUUAAGUGCUGCGAGCGCACUGUUGGUCUCGGGCACCAGAGAAGGCGCCGUCAAUAUCUGGGACCUUGCCACCGCCACCAUCUUGCACCAGAUUCCGUGUCAUUCAGGGACCGUGUGUCAUACUGCUUUCAGCCCAGACAGCCGCCACGUCCUCAGCACGGGAGAGGACGGCUCUCUGAACGUCAUAGACGUGCAGACAGGAAUGCUCAUCUCUUCCCUGACCUCGGCCGAGCCCCAAAGGUGCUUUCUCUGGGAUGGAAAUUCGGUUUUAUCCGGAAGCCAGUCUGGCGAGCUGCUUGUUUGGGACCUCCUCGGGGCAAAGAUCAGUGAGAGGAUCCGGGGCCACACAGGCGCCGUGACAUGCAUGUGGAUGAAUGAACAGUGCAGCAGUGUCAUCACGGGAGGUGAAGACAGACAGAUAAUCUUCUGGAAGUUGCAGUAUUAAGUGCCUUUUCCUCGAGUAGUAUUGAACUCUAAUGUUUAAGCCAAACUUAAAUAACUGUUUAAAAGUGAAUGUGCAAUGAUAGUCAUCAGACGUUUUACACAUGAGAAACUUGUGGCUUAAACUUUACAAAUCAUGGUGACUUCACUGAAGGCCACUAGUUGUCAUCCUCUAAAGCAGAUGAAGACGUGACAGCAGUGGCGAGAAAACAGGUGGUCAGCCCAGGAUGCCAACAGAAGAUGGGUUUGGGUGGCAGAGCCAGUAGCUUAGAUCCUAAAGCCAGCUGGGGAAAUUUCCAGAAAGCACUGAACUUGAGGAUUUUCCAAGAAAAUGUGAGUAUUCUCUACUGCUGAGUCAGUGUUACAUCUUCCUAAUCACAAGCACUGCUCAUCAGGUUUGGGGGUGUGUGUUUUCAUGGAGUGGUUACUUUCUAUAACCUCUUGUCCCCAGGUUCUAAGAACCUGGGGAAGGAUUAGCAGUUCUUAUAACAGUUCACUGUCUAUAGGAACAGUUUUUCAUGAUAGCUAUUAUAUGCUCAUCUUUUCUAUGGUAUUAAAAAUAUUUUUCUGUAA